CAUUGCCUCCUUAUUUCUUUUGCAUGUGUGUUGACGAUAGAACAGGCGAACUUUGCGAUAUUGACCGAUGCCAGGCAAAUCCAUGCAAUGAUACUCAAGUCUGUCAGACGUCUGGAUCGGAUGUUUGUAUUCCCAAUACAAGUUCUUGUACAAUGAAUUCGUGCAAAAAUGGGGGCUUUUGUGAUGAUCAUUUGGGAAAAAAGACUUGUCUUUGUCCUAUGGGAUUCUCUGGAGAAACUUGUUCUACAGAAUUUGGUUUACCUCAGCAGAUUGACAAUAACAGUCUAGAAUAUCCCCUCUUUGGAAAUACGUUGCUACCAAAACAAUUAAUUUGUUAUUUGCAUGAGGAAUGCGAGCUGUAUCUUUUAGUAUCUGAAAGAAAUGGGUUCUUAAUAAAUACAAUCAUGAAUUCGUCCAACAUACUGGAAAUAAACAAAACCCGGAUAUCCAAGGACUACCUAGUUACGUUAACCUUGGUCACUUUGAAACAUAGCGUACACAAUCUCUGUGUAAAUAUUUCUCAACAAAGAUCCAGUAUUGCAACAGACAUGGUUUGCUGCAGUAUUUCAACUAAAAAAUCGGAUACUAAUACUUAUGGUGCAUGCAAUGACGACACCGAUGACUGUCGUGAUCCUCGCGCUCUACACAAUAUCUGCUCAGAUCAAACCACAGCUAUUUAUUGUCGUAAAUCCUGCAAACUUUGCAGGAGCAUACCAAUCAACAGAGAAAAGGAAUUAUUUAGCAGACCAUCACCCCAAAAUUCUUCCAUUUAUACAUGUUCCCCUGGUGUUGAGUGUCACAUGUUGCUUUACAUGUAUAGUGGAGAUAACGAGUCGUGUCCAAGUGUCUCCGUCCUGCCUACCGCUGACAUCACAGUACAUAUCUUUAACAACUAUAACGGCGACAGGUGCUCAGUUGACAUCCUUAUCAAACCUUUUAGUAGUCAUCCGGGACAACUGGUAAACCUGUGUGUAAAAGCAUCAUCACAUGACUCUAAGUAAGGAACAUCUGAAUAUAUUUGCUAUAAUGGGUUAAAUUCAUUAUUUACUUUUCAUAUAACAUAUAAUUGGAAAGCAUUGUUAAGUCAAAUAUAUGAUUAAU